AUGGGGUACCAGUCAAGUUGGGCACCCCCAUAUUUACGUUCUGGGACAGGUACAUUAAAGCCACAAGCAACAACAUCGACACUCUUAUUAUGGCCUGUAGAAGUUAAACAGAGAAUGAUUGAUCGUGGUCAAACAACUGCAUCUGAUCCAAAUGAAAUAGAUCAUGCUUCUUGUUUGAAUUAUGUCCAGAGAGUACUACAAAAAUUUCGAAACCAAACCGAACAUUAUCAAGCUCAAUUGAAAGAAAGAAAAAAACGUUUAAACAAUUGUUGGACAUGUGAAAUUGAAGAAGCUGUUGCUAAAUUUGUUCAACAACAUGUCACACCUAUAUAUAAAGUACCUACAGAAGGACAAAUUGCUAUCGUCCAAUAUGAUUAUAAUGAUCGAUUGAUUCAAUUAGAAUAUUAUCAACAGAAUCCAAAUGAAUAUCAAAAACAAAUAUUUGAAAAUCUUGCUCAAGCCAAAUAUGAAAAAGAAACAGCUAAAUUUGAUGUAGCUAUAUUAAAACAACGUAUUGUUUAUAAUCAUUUACCAACAUCAUUUCAUACACUUCAAAUACCUGUGCCCAUAUCAUUAGAUACAAUUACUGAUACGAUGACUCGUCAACAUUUAAAGGAUCGAUGUGAGAAAAUUUUACAACGAACGAAAUCCGAAAUGGUGAUGGUUUAUAUUACAACAGCCGAAGCAAAAAUGAAUGAAUAUGAAAAAAGAUUCAAUACAGACUUGGCUAAAAUGAAAGAAAAUCAAUGUUCUGGUCCAUCACAUAAAAAAUUAACUCAAACAAUGUUGAAUAUUAUGGAACGACGUUUUCAGAAUAUAAAUGAACGUCUUACAUGCCUUUACAAAUUAAAAUUACGUUUUUUCGUCAAAGCUCCGACGGAACAAGUUACAUUUCUUAAUCGUGGACCAACCUAUGUUCCACCAUGUCAAAUACAUAUUUUAUCAAAAUCUCCUUUAAUACUGGGUCAAAUCGUUACGAAACAAAUGGCACCACUUCAACGAGAACUUACAAAACUUUUCAUCAAAUAUCCAAUCGAUCUCACUCGUCAAAUGCAUUUUGAAAACGGGAUUGAACAAUUAUUCAAUGAAUCAUUUCUUCAACCUAUGCCUUCUGUACUUGAAGACCGUGCACUCUAUGAAAAACAGCUCAUUCUAUCAAUCAGAUAUCAAUUGAAUAAAGAUCAAUUGAUUCUACGACGAACUGCUGAUGACAUGAAUACAUAUUAUCUUGGUCAAUUGAAUGAAUUUAAUCAAAAAUCGAAUGAAUAUAUUCAGAAUUCAACUUGUUACGAACUGAUUGAAACAAUUAAUGAAAUUAAUACAGAACAACAACAAUUAGAAGGAAUUAUUCAGUCUAUUGAUUUACAACUGGAAAUAUUAUAUCAAAGAAAAUUGAUUAAAGAAGAUCAUUUAAUCAGAUUAAGAGGUCCAUUAAAUUUACCAUUAAUAGAAUUAUUAUGUCAUAUUUAUAUGCAUCAUUGGCAAUAUUCAUUAGUUACACAUAUUUGUUUGAAAGAUACAUUCUAUGGUCGAUAUAAAGAUACAAGUUUUUUAACAUGGAACGGUCCGAUUGAUCAAUUUCAAACAUUAUUCAAUAAACUUGAACAAGAACUAGGUUCUAAUCUUCAAAUGACAACAUUUAUUAGUAGUGAUGUUCAUUUUCUUCAUGCUGCUAUUGAAAAUCGAAAAGGAUCUUUACAUACUCGUGUGCAUCAUGAUUCGACAAUUCAACCAUUUUUAUUACCUUAUGAGCAUAGUCAUCCACGCUUAUUUCAUUGA